AUGCCACAUCACCCCGAUUCUUUCCGCCCUGUCCUGGCUCCCUGCACUGGCUCCCUGUCCAUCUCAGAACCCAAUGUAAGCCACGUUAACGUCUCUCCGGUUAAAACCGUUAAAGCUCGUUGUCGCCGCUCGUCAUGUGAUCACGUGACUCCCGACACGGACACACCGACACGGUGCUCAGGUGAGAUGGAGAACUACGAGGUGGUGCGUCUGAUUGGAGAGGGUGCGUUUGGGAAAGCCUUCCUGGUGGCAGAGCGUGGGGCGGGUGGAGACAGACGGUGUGUGGUCAAACAGAUCAACCUCACUAAGAUGUCAGCGAGGGAAAAGGAAGCGUCGGCCAAAGAAGUGACGCUGCUGUCGAAGAUGAGACACCCGAACAUCGUGUCCUUCUUCAGCUCCUUCCAGGAGCGUGGCAGCCUGUUCAUUGUGAUGGAGUUCUGUGACGGAGGAGAUCUGAUGAAGAGGAUCAGCAUGCAGAGAGGAGUCUUCUUCACAGAGGAGCAGGUCAUCAGCUGGUUCCUGCAGAUCUGCCUCGGACUAAAACACAUCCACGACAGGAAAGUCCUGCACAGAGACAUCAAGGCUCAGAAUAUCUUCCUGACCAACGGAGGGAUGAAAGCCAAGCUGGGGGACUUUGGAAUCGCAAGAAUGUUGAAUAACACCAUGGAGCUGGCCAGGACUUGUGUCGGGACGCCGUUCUACCUCUCACCGGAGAUCUGUGAGAGCCGGCCGUACAACAACAAGACCUCAGGGGGACAGGCUGUAACACUGGGCCCUGCCUCAAAAUCCUGUCCCUACAAGAUGGAUGACCUCACAGAAACUGAGCGAGGAGGCCAUCUGGGGGUGGAAGAAAUACACAAAGAUUACUGCAUUUAAU